AUGUCAACCCAUACAAUCCUGCUGAUUCAACCAACUGCUAGAGCAGAUUCACGAACAUGGUCUGAUUACGAGACGACUACAGAAUGUUUAGAAGGUAUCUGCAAAAUCUAUGAAGAGUUCUUGAAAAAGCAGAAUCCUGCCUCCGCCAGCAUCACUUACGAUGUGUCGAACCUUUUUGAAUUCAUUGACAAGCUUUCGGAUCUCAGUUGUAUGGUCUUCAACAUGGACACAGCCACAUAUAUCCCACAUAACAAGGAUUGGUUGAAGGAACGCAUAUUCCACAUGCUUCGCAACCAAGUUAAAGGCAAUUAA